AUGUUUCUUCUACAUAAUCCCACACCUUUUAUUUCACUUCUGAUCACAAUUGUUACACUUAUCGGCUCUAUUGAUUGCCAAGCAACAUACAGUUCCCACAUCUGUUCAGAUUCUCAAAAUAGCACAGCAAAUGCUACUUACACUUCAAACCUUAGCACCCUCUUAAGUUCUUUAUCUUCCAAGGCCUCCCUGAACAGCUUCUAUGAAGACAGUUCUAAUGGUAUUUACAGUCUAUACCUUUGCAGGGGUGAUGUUUCAAGUAAUACUUGCCAAACCUGCGUUAACAAUGCUACUCAAGACAUCCGACAACGUUGUUCUUCUAAUAGGACUGCAAUCAUUUGGUACGAUGAGUGCAUGCUACGUUACUCAAAUAGAAAUUUUCUCGGAGUUGAUCAGACUUAUCCAAGAGUUCUCAUGUGGAAUAGCAAGAAUACUACUUCACCUGAUGAACAGAAUUUUGGAGCACUCGGAUUGAUUUACACGCUAAUAGAUUAUGUUCCAUAUACCAAUACGAUGUUUGGGACUAAUCAAUCAGCAGUUCCUGAUGGGUCCCAAAAUAGAUAUGCUUUGGUGCAGUGUAGUAGAGAUAUUAAUAGUAGUGAUUGUAGUUCAUGUUUGGGAAUGUUAGGGGAUGCUGUGACAGAAUGUUGCCAAGCCAAGGUAGGUUGGCGUAUUUUGGCCCCGAGUUGCAGUUUAAGGUAUGAGGAAUACCCAUUCUAUCAGCUGUCAUCUACACCACCAGGAACGGUGCCUGCAGCCCCAGAGCCAGGGUCAGAGGCAAAGCCCGGUAAUGGUGAGUCAAAUACGAAAACUUGGUUGUGA